CCAUGGCUCAUGGUUUCGUGCAGGUGGUGAGGAGGGAUAGGACGCCUUUUGAAAGAUUUUUCUGGAUUCUGGUAAUUGUAGCAGCUUGUGUCCCAUGCAUUUUGUUUGCUGGCGUCGCAUGGACGCAUUUUUGGCACCAUCCGACUGUCAUAACUUUGGAACGGGACCACUGGAAUUGGGUAACGGCUUUCCCUUCCAUAACGGCGUGUCCGGUCAGCUUCAAAAUGGAUACACUAGCUGAGAUAGCCGAAAACAAGACUGUUCCAACGGCGAAAUUGGAACUGUUCAGUGAAUUCUUACAAGAUCUUUUUUACGGCAAUUACUCAACUUAUGGGAACUUGGAGAAGUAUAAGGAAGAUUUCGAUGAUAUCCCACCUGAGAUGUAUAUAGAUUUGAAUUACCAGUUGUGUUAUCUCGGCGACACCGAACAAGAGUUUAUAUCCUUUGAUAGGAAUAUGACAAAGAUUAUGACGGAGUACGGGUUUUGUUACAACUACAAUUCCGAGAUUGCUCCAUAUUUCUCGUACGAGUAUUGGAAGCAUAAUCAUUUGCACAAGUUGCCGACUGCUCGUAUUGAUUACAUAACACCUGCAUUGGAAUCUCCAAUGUUUAAAUUGAAUUCGAUCGACGCCAACGUAAUGUUUUUUAUGCACGGAAAAAACGAGCUUAUCGAUCUGAUGUCAAAGCGUUUCCUGGUUGAAGGCAUGAAAUUCACCGUGCUCGAGGUGAACUCGCAAAGCACGUGGUCGCCGAAAAGCAUGAGGAAUCUGCACAUCUCUCAAAGGCAUUGCCGAUUCAUCGACGAAAGCAACCUGAAGUACAGUCCGGUUUACAGCACGAAGCUGUGCAAGAUCGAGUGUCGCAUAGAGAUGGCUUUGAGGCUGUGCAAAUGCCUGCCAUUCUACUACAGGAAUUUGCAUGGUAGCAAGAUCUGCGGGAUAGACGGGAUGAUGUGCCUGUCGCAGCACGACGACCAAAUGAUCCGGCUACGUGACGGAGACGGGAAUAAUCUGUGCCAAUGCGAACCGAAUUGCAACGAGGACAUCGUGACUGUCUUAGCGGGCGAUAGCAAAGACUGGAUCUUCGGAUGCGUCGCCCAAAUAAUCUAUAUCUUCAACAUUCCGGUCAGAUACAGAAGAUCGAUUAUUUACUCGCUCACAGAUUUAUUGGUUCAGAUUGGAGGAAUAACGGGUCUGUGCUUCGGGCUGAGCGUUUUAAGCGUAAUGGAGGUAAUAUACUUUUUAACGCUCCGCUUUUAUUGGGCCGUAAUAAGAGAUAGGUCCUAG